UCGCCUCAGUGAAUGAUUGAAGUGAACAUAUACUACGUAGACAAAACAUGAGACGUGUCGAUCAAGUAUCGUGGUUUCCAGUGGGCCCCAAGGCUCUAGUAGCAACCUUUCUUUGCAUCUUACUCUCCUCCUCUUGCGGCGCUCAAGAGGAGCAGAUUGAUUCCGUUGUGCUUCUUGGAGGCUGGUCGGGUUCCUCUCAGGAAUUUCUGACCGAUUCGGAGCUUAUCUUUGAUGAUCUGUCCACCUGUGUGGCCCAAAUACCGCAUUUGGAUCCGGGUUUGGCUCGUUUCGGGUCUGUGGCCUCGUUCUUGGAUCCCCAGUUGAUCUUGUGCGGCUUAUUGGACGGAACGUACUGCCUCUCCGUGGACCUUCGGAACAUGGCAGAGAGUUGGCAAAGCAUGGCUGGGCUCAAUGAGGCCCGUGAAUAUGCUACUAGCUGCCAAUACGAGGGCAAAAUGUAUGUCAUGGGCGGGUAUUCGCCGACGUUUGGCACUGCCCUUAGCUCGGUGGAAAUCUAUGACCUCGACAGUCUCCGCUGGAAAGUGGACCGAUCAAUGGCGUUACCCAGUCCCCGAGAACGUCAUUGCUCAGUGGUAAUAGACGGAGUUCUCUAUGUGAUAGGAGGGGUUGGGUAUGAUUCAAUGAUUUCAUAUGACCUGACGCAAGAGAAUGCUGAAUGGCACACCCUAGCUUCUUUACCAGAGGUUCGCUACGAUCACGCCUGUGCCAGUUACCCCGUGGACUGGGACCAGGAAUCUACCGGAAUCGUCGUAGCUGGCGGGAGUUCCAUUGAGGAGGAGUUCAUUUUGGAAACGUGGUUCUACGAUCCGACUAUAAACGCCUGGCAAAGCAUGGGGAAAAUGUGGAACCCAAGAAAGGGGCAUGGAAUGGCAAGCCUCGGGGGAAUUGCCACCGUUUUCGGAGGCUUCGACUUUGUCCGCUUGAUACAGGGAAAUGCAACCAAGUUAUAUCUAGAAACGGAUAUGAUUGAGAUCUUCGAAAAUGGCCAAUGGUUGGGCGUAUCUUCACACCUUUCGACGCCCCGCAUGGAUUUUGCGCAUAGUGUAGUUCCUCAAAAUAUAGUCCAAUGUUCGUUGAAUUAGUUUUUCCCGGAUAGCGGAGAUGGACGCUGAGAAAUUCACGAAACCUUGGAAAUAAUGCUUCAAUGCUUGUUUGCUUUUAUCCUUUCUUGACGUUUUCAAGUUCGAGUCUCCAAUUUCAGAAGUAUUUCAGGAGUAUUCUUGAGUAUUCUUGAAAAUUGGCUUGGUUGAAAUUACAAAUUUGGCAUCAUUUCGAA